GGAUCAUAGAAACACGCAAGUACACGUCAUCUCUGGUGGACCCGCCUUGUGACUUCCUAGCUAGCUGGAUUAUAGAUGCGCAUUUAGCGGUUCGCGGGGUUCUAUUAUGGAACAAUGUGACAGGUCGGUUGACAGCCUUAACUGCGCCGGGUUAACGAUUAAGCCUGACACGGGCGGUUACCGUAGCCUACAUAAGGCAUGAACACCUGCGCCCACGCUUCAGGCGGUAGCACACAUUAUAACGAAGUGCAGGAUAUGAGACAAUCGUUCUGAGGCGUUCAGAAGUGCGCUCUGUUCUGUGUGGGUUCUUUUCUCUGUGGACCUCCGCGUCUUAGGUGAACAGCGAUUUAAUCGCUCAGAAAUACUUACCCGAAGUUCCGAAACUCAAUCCGUGCACUACCUUUAAAUACUCCUCGUAAAAAACUAUCACGUGUUGUAAGGUGAUCCUUACCAGCUACCAACACCCACAGUCUGACUGCGGUCAGAGUGCACGGAGAACUGCACUGCACUCUUGGAAGAUUGAAAAGAGUCAUAGGCUAUACAGAAUAGGCUGCUGGACCGUUAGACUUUUUAAGACCAACUUUUCUUUGUUACAUAUUGUUAUAGAUUAUAGUGACAGAGAACAGUGACCAAUUCGUUUGUUUUUCCUGUCUUUAUAAGGCUAUUGCUAUCCUUACUAUUAUUCGAAUGUUUAUUUCUUCUAUACGACAGUCUACCGUGCGCAUACAGUGAAUGGAGAACAUACUCGAGCUUCUCCCGAAGCACCGGCAAGGUCUUACGUGCGCCUGGGGGAGAGCGGCGACCCACACCUGCCUUCGCGGACGCACGUGUAGUCUAGUUGCCCCCUCAAAUCUUUUUUUUAUCACUACAUAAUCUCACGUUCGUGACCAGACCUGACUGCCAAUCACCAGCAUUCUUUAAUGGGAUAAAUUAUUAUUAAAAUCCGAUCAGGGGAAUUAAACUUAAACGUCCCUGACCUUUUUGCCUUAUAGCCUAUAUUUCUCACGAGGUAUAUUGUCCCCAAAAGCUUCCGCAUGGUACUUUGGUCGAAAGAGCAAGACAAACCGUCGGACACCGACAUGUCAUCCGGAGCGAUAGAGAUGAAGAAAGAGGUGGUUCCACCCGCGUACCUCCAAUCCAACGGCUCCGUGCACCCGGCCAUCCUCACUGACGACCCCGAAGAGAUGAGACUGGAGGAAAGGGGCGAAUACGAGGUCACGGAGGUUACAUCGUUCACGGAAAGGUCUGGUGAACCGGGAGGUGAGGAACGGGAUAUAGUGGUAAUAGACUGCCGAGCGAAUGCAAAGGGACAGCGUGAGGAAGACGCUCUCCUGGAGAACGCCAGCCAGAGCAACGAGAGCGACGACAUAAGUACUGACCAGAGCCCUGAGCCACCAGCGCCGUUGAAUGAGACUUCGUUCUCAAUCGGCCUCCAGGUGGUCUUACCGUUCCUGCUGGCCGGGUUCGGGACGGUGGCGGCGGGUAUGGUUCUGGACAUCGUUCAGCACUGGACAGUGUUUACGGAGGUGACGGAGGUCUUCAUCCUGGUCCCGGCACUGCUGGGGUUAAAAGGCAACCUGGAGAUGACACUGGCCUCCAGACUGUCCACAGCGGCUAAUAUUGGUCAGAUGGACUCAGCCAAGGACAUGUGGAAGAUGAUCGUUGGGAACCUUGCCCUCAUCUUGGUCCAGGCCACGGUUGUAGGCUUCCUGGCGUCCAUCGCUGCAGUGAUCUUUGGCUGGAUCCCAGAGGGGAACUUCAGACUGGGACACGCUAUCCUUCUGUGCGCCUCCAGUGUUGCUACUGCAUUCAUCGCCUCUUUGAUACUAGGGAUCAUUAUGAUUGGUGUGAUCAUCGCAUCCAGGAAGGUGGGCAUCAACCCUGACAAUGUGGCCACGCCCAUAGCUGCCAGCCUAGGGGACCUGAUCACCCUCUCUCUGCUGGCUGGCAUCAGCACAGGACUGUACAAGGAGCUAGACUUUAACGACUAUGCCAAUCCGUUGGUGUGUGCUGUGUUUGUGGUCCUGACCCCUCUGUGGGUGCUGAUCGCUCGCAGGAUCCCUUCCACCAGAGAGGUGCUCUACUCCGGCUGGGAACCUGUAAUCAUCGCCAUGGCAAUCAGCAGUGUUGGGGGUCUGAUCCUAGAUAAAACUGUGUCCAAUCCCAACUUUGCUGGCAUGGCUGUCUUCACUCCUGUUAUCAAUGGUGUGGGAGGGAACCUGGUUGCGGUGCAGGCCAGUAGAAUCUCCACCUAUCUCCACAUGAACGGUAUCCCCAUGGGAGAGCCAGACCCCAACCCCAGAAAAUGCCCCACACCCUGCACCUCCUUCUUUGGUUCCAAUGUGAACUCUCGAUCAGCGCGGGUGCUCUUCCUCCUGGUUGCUCCAGGUCACCUGAUCUUCCUCUACACCAUCAACUCCAUGCAGGGGGGACACACCACCCUGACAUCUAUUUUCAUAGCCUUCUACAUGGCUGCUGCUCUACUGCAGGUGUUGAUCCUGUUGUACCUGGCUGACUGGAUGGUCCACUGGAUGUGGAGUAGGGGGAUGAACCCUGAUAACUUCUCCAUUCCAUACCUGACGGCCCUGGGGGAUCUGCUGGGUACGGGCUUCCUGGCGCUCUGCUUCCACAUCCUCUGGCUGAUUGGAGACAGAGACACUGAUGUGGGAGACUGAAGACACGCCCACCUGGACGGGAUACACUGGGACAACAGAACACCUAUAUAUCUAUUCACAUCUAAAUGGCAGAUCGCCAAAAUCACCAGAGUUACUUAACUGUACAUGAUCUGCUUCUGGAUAUCGGAAUUUCAGAUCCAGGCGUCAGCCGUGACCCCUUGAACUCCAAUCUCACCCCAAAACCACUGCUACUUUAUUUGACUAAAUAAGAGAGUUCUACUACUGUUGUCUUACUUGUUAUUACCAUGACUAUGAUUCUGAUUAUUAUUGGUAAUAGUGAAUUUGAAAUGAAUUUAUAUGGGUUUUAUUGUUAGGCGGAUGAAUCUUCAUUAUUUUCAAUGGGGACAUUCCCCCUUGGGUCAGUCAUAUUUGCCGCAUUUGUAAAGAACAAAUACAUUUUUGAGACUUGAAAUGCAGACAGACAGACAGCAAAAAAAAAAAAAAAAAAAGAAACUCACCCAUGCCUUGAAUGCUUAAUCACCAAGUGCUAUGUGUAUAAAGAUAUGUUGAUAUGUGAAUAUUA